CGCCCAGCCCCGCCGCCUCCCACUCCCUCGUCCCUUGCUCCCCUUCCCCCUCUGGACCCCUGUUUCUCUUGAAGAUGGCCUUCCAGGCGGCGCGCUCUACUCUUCGGCACGUUAUGCUUCUCUCCCGCGACGUGCCGACGUCUGUGCAUUUCUACCAAUCGGUUCUCGGGCUGCGGGUGGUUGCCGAGACCCGGGAAGCUGGCGGUUGGGCCGAACUCGACGCUGGCUCCUCAACCGGUGGGCCGGGCAUCAGCAUCGUCAUCUCGGCAGCCGAAAACGAGGCUGCCGCUACUGCCGGGUAUAGCACCUUUCUCAACUUCACCGUGCCAGACAUGGACCAUGCAGUUCAACAGGCUAUGAUGCUUGGCGGUCGGAUGGAUGGUCCCAUCAAGUAUCCAAUCACCGGUCGAGUGGCCGCGAUUCGCUCGCCCGAUGGACACAUGAUUGGCCUUUUUGAGCCAGCCUCGAGUGCCAUCACCCAACAACUUGACAGGCAGUAGAUGCCGACCGGCUUGGCGUCAGCCUGGAAUCCACCCGCUGCCCACCUUCCACACGAGUGCAUCCUGCCUGUUGCUUGCGUAAACACGUGUCCCUGCUGAGGCGU